AUGGAUACCAGUGCAGCCCACCAGCAGACGGCGAGUCCAAACGGCACUGCGAAGCUUUCUAAUCAUUCGCCUGGUGAUGCGCAGGACUGGAGUGGUGAUGAACGCUCCAGCGACGACGAGGCCAACGACAGAAGCCAGAGCGGCACAUCGAACAAGCGGAAGCGGCCGCUAUCCGUGAGUUGUGAGACGUGUAAGCAGCGAAAACAUGCGUCAGUUGCGCCGUCCACUGAUAUCAGCCCAAUACUCAACCGCAUCCAGGUGUACCUCCCGCGCAAGAAGCCAGGCCUCCGCGCUGGUUAUGGACGAGAGUUGGAGUCAAGACUUGUUUCGUUCCUUCCAGACAAGCUCGAAGCGCUCCUCGUCCAGCAGCAGUCGCAAAUCAACCAUCUCUCCAGCACCCAGGUUGCCACUUCCGGUCCUUCACCACAAGAGGUGGCCGCAUUCCGGAGCCCGCCGGUUAUACAAACACCUCACAUACCGCGUCCCGAAACGGCCCUGUUCAUCCAGAAGCCCACGUUCCCUUCGCAGAACGCAAUACAGAACCAGUAUGGCAACGGAGUCACGGAUCACAGGCCUACGCCCUCUGUCACAGGGAAUGGCUACCAGUCCGAAGACAUGAACAGCAUGAGCGGCGGCAUGUCGAGAGAUGUCUAUACACCCUACAACGAGCAGUAUCAGCCCGCCAUGUCGAGGAACCUCGGCCAUGCAGAUGCUGACUUUCCCCCGUACGACCUCCUGUACGGUCUCGUCGACCUCUUCUUCAAGCACAUCAAUACCUGGUGCCCCAUCCUCCACCGCCAAAGCACAUUGAAUUCGCUGUUUGGAGACGCGACCCUAGACGAAGCGGAUCGAAUCAUAUUACACGCCGUUGUCGCAACGACUGUCAAGUUCUCUACCGACCAGCGCCUGACAGCAGAGAAGCGCACACGCUACCAUAAGAGCUCCAAGGAGAAGGUUUUGCUGUACGGCAUCGAGAAUAGCUCCGUCAAGUCACUGCAAGCCCUCGUGAUCCUUGCGCUAGACGUCGUUGGUUGCUCCAAUGGACCCCCGGGGUGGAACCUGCUUGCUCUCAUUACGCGCUCCGUAGUCCAGUUGGGACUGUCGGUCGAAAGCUACUCACCAAGCGUUGCACCGCAGUUUGCGUCAAUAUACACUUUGCGUGCCAUGACGCUUCCUGAGCCAAAAGACUGGAUUGAGGAAGAAAGUCGACGCAGGCUUUUCUGGAUGAUCUACGUCCUGGACCGAUACGCGACCGUUGCAACAGCUUUCGAGUUCGCUCUGGACGAGAAAGAGAUCGACCGUCGGUUGCCCUGUCGAGACGACAUGUAUGCGCGAAACGUUCCUGUUGAGACGCGGUGGUUCCACACCUCGACAAGAUCCGAUUAUAGCAUGAACAGACCAGAAAACUUGGGGACAUUUUCCUACUACGUCGAGAUCUUAGGAAUUCUCACGCGCAUCCACAAGUUCCUCAAGAAGCCCGUAGACAUCACGUCUUUAUCUGAUGUCGAAUCUUGGCAAAGUGAGUAUCGGGAGCUCGAUAAUGCCAUCGAACAAUGGAAAUACAACCUUCCGGCGGAGUUUGGCAACUCGGCGAGAUUGUUCGCAAAGCCGGGAAUGGGACAGAACCUUGACAGUGGUUUGGUCAUGCUUCAUGCAGCUUUUCACACCACUGUCAUACGUCUUCACUCAUCCGCCGCGUAUCCGACCCAUCGAUCGCCCAUCUUUACACCAUCCUUCAGCGCUAGCCAGCGAUGUCUCAGUGCUGUCGAGAACAUCACAGCCCUAUGCGCUACCGUGCGCGACAACGGUUUGCUGAGCAAACUCGGUCCGCCCUUCGCAUUUUCGCUCUGGGUGGCUGCACGCGUUCUCUUAGUCCAUGGAUCCACAAUCGAUCAUCGUGUUGACCAAUCGAUCAAUCUCCUAGUCAGUACUCUCCAGGAUAUGGGUCAGUACUGGGAAGUUGGUACGCGUUACGCCAGUCUUCUUGCACGCGUACUUUCCGAAUAUCAAGAAAGCCAGCAGACCCCUACAGGCGCGAAUGGUGAACGUGUGACACCUUCAACUGUCAAGAUUCUGGCCGACAUGCGACGAUGUGCAUUUGAUCUCGAUUUUCUCAUCUCUCGACAGCCCAAGCUCAGUAGCAACCAGAAUUUGAAGGUAAAUUCCGUUACUCCGGCUCGAACACCUGCGCCAAACGAGCUGGAGUAUCUCGAUGUGUUCGACUUUUUCAACCUGCCCCGACUCCCGGUGUCGAUGGAUGGCUCUAUGACCUAUCCUGCGCCCGACGGCAAUAUGCAAUUGCCUGAUGGCGGGUUUGGGAACGAGUCGAACAUUACGAACUACAUGGUCGAUGCGAGCUCGGAUUGGUUUAUGAAACAGUCAGCCUAG